AUGCAUUUCCAAGGUCCUGCGUUCAUCAGGUAUGCGGCGGACGUGGCUCAUCAAGCCUCGGUCCCCAUCUCGAUUCACCUUGACCAUUGCCUGAAGCCCGAAGAUGCCGACUUGGCACUUGAGUGUGCAUUUGACUCUAUCAUGGUUGAUGGGUCUUUGUUCGAAGAGCAAGAGAACAUUAGAUAUGUCAAAUCGGUGGUGGACAGGGCGAAGGCGAAGGGCAUCACGGUCGAGGCCGAAUUGGGGCGGAUGGAGGGUGGAGAGGAUGGCCUUCCGACUAUUGAUCUUGAGAGCGUGUGGACUGAUCCCGAUGUCGCGGCGGACUUCGUCCGGCAGACCGGAGUGCAUUUCCUCGCUCCCAGCUUUGGCAAUGUCCAUGGCCCAUAUCCCUCAGGCGGUGCCGAAAAACAUUGGCAAAUAGAGAGUCACAGCGAAUCGAAUGCGGAUCGGAAAUUUGAUCCAAUUCUCGAUCUGCCCUAUAUCAAUUGCUUCUUUGAACAUGCUAAUGUCACCUAUCGCUAUGUUCCUCGUACCGAUAUCAUUGAGCUAUUUGACUUGGUUUACGCCGAUGGAGAUACAAUGCCGGAGGAUCCGACGAAAAUGGCCAUGCUUCUCCUCGUCAUGGGAUUAGGUGCGUGGUUGACCCUUGGAUAUGCGGUGCGCUUAGGACAAAUGGUAGAUAUUCAGCGGGAGCAGGCAUCAUGUGAUCGAAUCGAAGCGCACUAUCGGCGAUGCGUGUUCUGGGCCAUGUUCAUGAUUGAUCGGUACAUCUCAGUGUCUCUUGGAAGACCCAUGGCCAUCAAUGAGAGAGAUUCGAAUAUCAUACUUUCAGCGGAGCUCGACUCUGAUGUGGCCUCACAGAUCGGCCAGCACGAGAAGAAGCUGCUCGUAGGGGUUGUGGCGCACACCCGAAAUGGUAAAGUGUCAGCGGGGCAUACCUUUACCGAUAUUGUUGCGGAGUUAGAAGCAGAGAUUCAGGACUGGCUAAGAGACACGCCAGACUUUUUCAUCCAACAUCGCGAACCAAGCAUCGAGGCUGCGGUGGAAGAGGCGAUGAAAGUCCACCGCAGACUCGACUACAAUGUCAAUAUUAACGCUCAGAGGUUACUUGAGGUAGUCUAA